AUGAAUUGGGCUACGUUCCAUAUGCUCUGCCACCAUGCCGUGUCGCCCAAGCUGGACCGGUUCCUUCGACGCUCCCCAUCAAGUGUUCUCUCGGCCGACAUCUCUCAUUUCACCGAGCGCGGCGAUGAUAAUGGGUUUGGCCUUUUCUGGUCCCGGACCACUGAGGACCCGUCAGCCUCUGUGCCCACGAAUCGCGUUGCAAUGGCUCGCUACCUCGCCCACCAGAGCCCCCGACUCCGCUAUCUUCUCCACAUCCUUGUCCAGCAAGGUGUAUUCGACUCGGCUAGCUCUCAGCCACGCUUCCUGAUCUUCUGCCCAGGCCUCUGA